AGCAUUAUCCCUUCGCCAUGUCGAAACAAAUCAAAGAAUUCUUCUCAAAAGUUAGGAAGAAUUACGACGUUGCGAAAAAACUGGGUGCCACAUUCACCUCCGGGAGCCGCAUCCUUCCGUCCCAGACGACCAAAAACGACGCAGAUUACCAGCUGCGUCUUGACGCUGGAGAACUAGUCGACAAACGAUACCAAAAUAUUGUUUUGCAAGUUAACUCUCAAGCUAAAAACACGGGUUUACGGGAAUGGGUCAAGAAACAACCGCAGGGUACUCAUGCGAAACUAGCUACCGCUCGCUUCGACACUCUCGCUGAGGACCAGGAUGCUGAAACAGAAAGGGUCCUGAACGAACUACAAGAGCAAGCUAGGAAGAACCUGUAAUAAGGGCUGGGAAUACUUACCUCAGGAAAUGAGAUCAAUCCUCAAGCAGUCAACUCGGGGAGGGCAGACAUAGCAGAGUGAUGACUAUUGACUCUGUUCCCUAAUUUGUAUCUUUUCAUUCCAUGACAUGCGAAGUAGUUCACCCAAAGCCUGGUACAUAAAUGGGUGUAAGUAGAAGAGGGUGGCGAAAGGCGCACACAAGAAAAUUUAAGAAAACAAUCAGUGUCCUUAGUCACUAGAUUGAUUUUUGGAAGGGACAUGGCAAGUCAAUAGUUAACAUGAGUCUAUCUCAACUGUAGCUGCCAGACAGAAUAAGUUUCCUUGCUCAGAGCUACCCCCUGCCUAGAUUAGCCGUGUUUUCGAC